GCGACGCGGACGGACACGUUCUUUAAACGUAAAAAAAACUCGAGUAGCUAACGCUAAAGCUAUAUUCCCUGCAGAAGAAGGAACAAAUCACAUACAGUGCGCGACAUAAUACCAAUUGAUCUCAUUUGCCUUAACUGAAAUCACACUGAGCAACAACAAUACUAAAGUUUAGUUCCAAGUGCAAUUUUUUAACUCUGUGUCUGUGAGUUUGUGGUUUUUUUUUCAACUAAAGACUGACUGAGGCAAAAUCAAAAAGCAGUGUUUUCGUGGAAAAUUGCUCAGAAUCAAGAAGUGCGAUAACAUAUUCGUUCGUGAACCUUCAUUAGUUAUAAUAUCCGCUACAUACAUACAUAUAUGUACAUACAGAAACAACCUAGGUCAAUAUUGUUUAUAGUGGCGUGUGAAUGUGCGCAAAGACAACAAUGAGUGCUAGAUAAUAAAUAGCAGGCCCACACACAAAUACACUUGUACUCACACUCGUGAUUAGAGCCGUUCAUACAUAUACACGGAAAUCGGAAGGCAGAGACGAGAGCCUAAGAGAGAGAGCGGGACGGAGAGCAGCACGAUUCUAAAAGCUGAAAAUAAUAAUUUUAUAAUAUAUAUUGAAGGCUGCGCUGCCUCCGCUGGCAACGGCGAGUAAGCUCGGACGAGAAAAGCCGAACGCCCGAACGAACACCCGAAAGCUUCGGGCCCGCAUCGCGUAUACGUACGAUCGUCCGCUGUCCGAUCAGCAGCAGCUCUCUUCAGCUACAACAACGACAAUAACCAACCCGAACCACUACCAGAAAAACAAGAAAACAGAAAACAGUGAAAACUUAUAAAACAGAAAAAGAAAACAGAAGUGGUCCUGUUCUAACGGCGUGUGUAUUUUGUAAUUGGUCAUCGGCGGGCGAGUGAGAGCGAGAGAAUUGUCGCAACACAAUUGUGAUUACGGGUAACGGGUACGGGUACGGAUACGGCUACGGGUCUGUUUCGCAGUUUCGGCGGAAAACACUUGCCGCUGGUCGACGCGCGUGUUUAGACGCGCGACUCCCCCAGAACAACAAGCUAAUCAGCCACCCAACAAGUGUUAAGCAAUCGGCAAAAAGUAUCGCAAGCCUCCCAUUUGGAUUACACAUUGCAUUCGAAGAUCUGUUUUCCAGUUACAUUUUAUGAUUCAGACGGAACCAACAUGGUUUACUAUCCCGCUAAUCAAUUGCUCAUAAAAACGGAGCAACCCAGUCAGGCGCAAUUUUGCCUCCAGGUGCCGCCUCCGCUGACGGCAAUGAGCACCAGUGCGGCAGGUAUGGUCACCUCCUCGGGCGCCCAACCAGAGCACUAUGAACUCCUCCAAACCCCACAGCAGCGACAGCUGCAACUCCAGCAGCAACAGCAGCAGCAGCAGCAACAUCAUCGUCAGCAGGAGCAGAAGCAACAAUUUGUCAGCUAUCAGCUGACCAUGCAGCAGCAACAGCAGCAGCAGCAACACGAAAGUAUUAUAACAACCGCUUCCCCCACGGCGGCUCAGAGGAUCAAGACAGAGCCACCGGUCACUGGAUUCCCGACCACAUCGACGGCGCCAACGACGACGCAACAGCGCAAGCCUGCCGCCAAUAAGCCACAGUUCAAGUGCGAGCAAUGUGGCAUGACCUUUGGCAGCAAGUCGGCACACACAUCGCACACCAAGUCGCAUGCCAAGAACGCCGAGUUGUCUUUGAACGGUGGCUUGGUUGCCGGUGUUGUAUCGUCAUCCUCUCCGGCCAUUGAGCUUAACGAGGCUGGUCUGCCGGUGGGCAUACCCAAGAGUCCAACUAUCAAGCCACUGGCCAAUGUGGCUGCCGGUGCCGAUCCCUACCAGUGCAAUGUGUGCCAGAAGACCUUCGCCGUGCCUGCCAGGCUGAUCCGACACUACCGCACCCAUACCGGCGAGAGACCCUUUGAAUGUGAGUUCUGUCAUAAGCUCUUCAGCGUCAAGGAGAACCUGCAGGUACACCGACGCAUUCACACCAAAGAGCGUCCAUACAAGUGCGAUGUAUGCGGUCGUGCCUUCGAGCACUCCGGGAAGCUGCAUCGUCACAUGCGCAUCCAUACCGGCGAGCGACCGCAUAAGUGCUCCGUGUGCGAGAAGACCUUCAUACAGUCCGGCCAACUGGUGAUCCACAUGCGCACCCACACCGGCGAGAAGCCAUACAAGUGCCCGGAGCCCGGUUGCGGCAAGGGCUUCACUUGCUCCAAGCAACUCAAGGUGCACUCGCGCACGCAUACGGGCGAGAAGCCCUAUCAUUGUGACAUCUGUUUUCGGGACUUUGGCUACAAUCAUGUGCUGAAGCUGCAUCGCGUUCAGCAUUACGGCUCCAAGUGCUACAAGUGCACCAUCUGUGACGAGACAUUUAAAAACAAGAAGGAGAUGGAGGCCCAUAUCAAGGGUCACGCCAAUGAGAUACCCGACGAUGAUGUGGAGGCGGCAGCAGCAGCGGCCACGGCAUCAACGGGCUCCUCCUCGGCCGGUUCUCCGUCCUCGCAGGGCGUAAGCAGCAACUCGGAGAGCAGCAAUAACUCGCCUCCAGGAUCUCCGCCGGCCACGAAAAAAUCUCGUCAGCCGCGUCAGCCACGUGGAGCUAAAGCAGCGGCAGCUGCAGCAGCAGCAGCGGCAGCAGCUACUGUCAACGCCUCCUCUUCGCCACUCUCGCCCAGUUCCCUUAGCUCCACGUACUCGCCAUCAGCCAGCAGCCUGGCCUCGCCACCGCCCACCUCGGCUCAUUAUCUGAACGGACACGUGGAACCAGAUGCUCGGAGUCGGGACAGUGGAGUGGCAAGUGCCCAGCCGACAGCUCACAUUAGUUAUCCAGAAGAGGAGCUGCCCACGGACCUGAGCAUGCAGCAACAACAGGGCCAGAGUCAGGUGGCGCCGAGCCAGGUGAAGACUAGCUAUUACCAAGAGCAGGCGCCCAGUCUUUUGGAGCUGCAGCCUCAUGCUGCCCCUGGUCUCACGAUCAAUCCAGCGCUGCUUGAGGCGGCCAACAUGGCGCGUCGUCAUCACGAUCACAAUGGUGAUCAUCAGGUCCAGGAUGAAGACGUGCAUGCCGCUGCCUGGCAAAUGAUGCAGCUGCGUCGUGGUCAUGCGGCGUCGCCUCCUCAACCGCAAGAGCUGGAGAUGCCACCUCAGAUGCUGCAACAGCAACAGCCCACGCUGCACGUCAGUGACCUGGCGGCCAACUAUGAUGACACCCAUGAGGCCACCGUACUGAUUGAGCACUUUAAGCGGGGUGAUUUAGCCCGUCAUGGACUGCACAAGGGAUACGCUCCGGUGCCAAAGUACGAAUCCGCCCUGCCCAAUCCGGACAUUGUGCGCCGCGUGGAGGCUGCCAUUGGACUGCGGUCAAGUACGGAGUCACCUGAGAGAAGUUCCUCGCCGGAGAGUGAUUCCCUGAUGAUGGCCGAUCGCAAUGUGAUGACCCUGCCGUUGCGCAAGCGCAAGCACUAUAUGAACAAGGGCGAUGGAGGCAGCCAGGGCGAGGCGACGGACAAGGGUCUGGGAUCUGGCGGGGAUGAGGCAAUCGCCUCGUCCGGCAUCAACGAUACAGCUGGCGUAGGGGACGGGACCGGAUCGGGGUCCAAGGUGAUGAGGAUGAGCUCGGUUAUCCAGUUUGCAAAGGCCUCGUGAAUGGGUCCGGUCGAUCCGCCCAACCAGCAUAAAGACUGUCCAAACAAAUUUUAACUGAAAUUAGUUUUAGUUACUUCUUUCGACGUUCGAGGUUCGAGGUUGGGCCUACAGAGAAAGAGAAUAAAUAAGAGAGUGAGAGGAUUUUUUUAGCAGCAAAAGAGAAAAUGCCAAAAGUAUUAUAAAGAGAGAGAAAAUUUGUUUUUAAAAAUUUCUUUUGCUCCAUAAAACUCAAGAUUUCUUGAAUCGAUUUUUGUUAAAUCUAUGAUUUGUUUUUUUAAAUGAAAUUAUACCUUGUAUGUAAAUUUUUUGCAUUAUUAUUUGGUAGAUAUACCUAUGUAUAUUCCCUGUGUUGUCACUUUUAGUCAAAUUGCAACGAUUGGCAUUAUAAUGGGUAUUAAGCAUUUGCAUCACUAAUUUUACUUAAUGAGACCCAACCGUAAACCGUACACAAUAAUACACUACGUGCAUUAAUUAAUGCGCAUAAUAAUGAAAUAACGUAUGUAAGGCCAUAUUGGCAUUUAAUAUAUAUACAUAUAUGAUAACUAUAACACUUAUUUAUUACUGAAAUGAGAAUCCUGCUCGCCAAACUCCAACCCUCUUCCCCAACACCAUCAAUCCACAUCAUCUAUCCGCCAUUUGAUAUGCAUUUUAUAUUUUAUAUACGAAACAUACACUAAACAAACAAGUCAUUGAGAAGUAAACAAAAUAAAAAUAAACACAAAAAACGAAAACAAAAACAGAAGCGGUAAUCAUAAAUAUAACAUUUUACAAUACGGAGAAUAUUGAACUGAUAAGCAAAAAGCAACAACAAGAUAACAAUUAAAAUUAUUGGCGUCAAAACAUAAUAAUUUUUUGUAAACGCUAUGUUAAUGUAUAAGUUAAUAUUUAGGCCUAAAUUGUAGCAUCAAAUAUUGAACGAAAAAAUGCAAAA